GGGCCGCGGAGGCCAAGUUAGUGCAGACGGUGGGUAGGCUUCUCGGUGCUGGCGGGAGCAGAGGUGGAUCGCGGUUCAGGAGCAUAGGCGCGGCGCGGUUGUCAUCUGCGGCUGCCCAGGCCAAGUGGUGGCGGCGGCCUAUUGGGCUGUUUCCGUGGAAGGCCGGAGAGAGGCCCCAGCCCAUCUAAGCGUCUCCAGGAGGCGGUCUCUGGGUGGGUGAGGCGCCGCGCUUCCCGAGGAGAGGCUUCUGUGGAAAGACAUAUAGAAAGAAGUUCCUAAAGAGAUGAUGGGAGUCAAGGGCUCCAGCAGACGUGUUUGACUUCUCCCACUUGCCCAGUCCUAGAGGCAAGAUGGCGGCUGGGCCAAAUGGGCCCGAAGAAUGGGUAGGCAGUGCAUACUUGUUUGUGGAGCCCUCUUUGGACAAGGUGGUCCUGUCGGAUGCCUACGCUCACCCCCAGCAGAAGAUGGCGGUGUACAGGGCUCUGCGGACUGCAUUGGCAGAGAGCGGGAGCCCGGACGUGCUGCAGAUGCUCAAGAUCCACCGCAGCGAUCGGCAGUUGAUCCUGCAGUUGCGUUUCUGCGGGCGCCAGCCCUGCAGCCGCUUCAUCCACGCCUACCGCGAGGGGGCGCUGCGCACUUCGCUGGAAGUCGGCUUGGCUGCGGCGCUGGCUCUGCGCUCGGUGCAGUUGCAACUGGAGCUGCGCGCCGGUGCGGAGCUGCUGGAUGACUUGCUGAUGGAUGAAGAGCGCUGUUUGAGUUGCAUCUUCGCUCAUAAACCCGACCGGCUCCGGGACGAGGAACUCGCUGAGUUGGAGGCUGCGCUCCGGAAUCUGACGUGUGGUCCGGGGGGCCAGGGUGGAGACGUGGAGGUCGCUCCAACCCCUUCGAACUCCCUGGCCCCCUCUCUGUCGGAGGAGAAGCCACUGCCGCCGCCACCUGGCCAGACUUUUCUAUUCCAGGGUCAGCCCGUAGUGAACCGGCCGCUAAACCUUCAGGACCAACAGAUGUUCGCGCGCUCCGUGGGCCUCAAAUGGCGCAAGGUGGGGCGCUCCCUGCAGCGUAGUUGUCGUGCGCUGCGGGACCCGGCGCUCGAAGCCCUGGCCUAUGAGUAUGAACGCGAGGGGCUGUAUGAGCAGGCCUUCCAGCUUCUGCGGCGCUUUGUGCAGGCGGAGGGCCGCCGCGCCACGCUGCAGCGCCUGGUGGAGGCGUUGGAGGAAAAUGAGCUCACCAGCCUGGCAGAGGACUUGCUGGGCCUAGCGAAUCCUGAUGGCGGCCUGGCCUAGGCUGAGUACCAAAGGGGCAGUCGGCCAAUUGCCCAGCCAGCAUUUGGGGCACCUGGAUGACCCUAGGGUCCCCUCUGCUGCUACUGCUGACCUCCUGACCAUCCACAGGACUCUGAGACCACAUUUACAACUUAGCUGAGCUGCCGAGCAGUGUUGACUGCUUUCUACAGGAGGCAGACAAACACCCACCUUGCCUGUUGAGAUGUCACUGGGGAUUCAGAGACAGAGUAUGUGGCUGACCUGCUGCAGAAGUUGGCCUCACCCUCACCCUCAACCACCCCUGAAGAGAGGCUUUGGGCCAGCCCUUACCUCUUGGCUCAUUGAACAAUCACUCAUAAGGCACUUGCUGUGUCUUAGGCAUCAUCUUGGGUACUGCAAAUACUGUGGCAAAUCCUGCCUGCCCCCAAUUCACACUUAGUGUAGGACUCUGAAUAUUAAGCAACAGUAAUAAAAAAUUACCUGUUUCUUGAUUUGAAAAAUA